GGAAAGCCCAACCACGUGUCCCUUCCCAUAUUCAAUAGGCCACCCGGUCUCGAAUCUCAGCCCAUCUCCUCCCCCCAUCCGAGAAUCUCUCCCUCCAUAUUCAGCUCAGCUGCCACGUUUGAAGCAGAACCUCCGCCCUUCAAUGCUCGACCGGAGCCGUUCAUGGUGGCGCUAACUGAGACGCGUCGGUCGACGAAGACGGCGGCGCCUGUAGCUCCUCCCCCCUGAAGAAGAUGCUGCCGACCAUCGGCCCCCCACGUGCGUGCACUGGAGAGGACCGCCUGCGAAAUACUCAAUCGCCAUGUCAAGAUACUUGCUUUAUGGAAGUCUCACAAGGGCUGCGAAUUCCCUUGUACCAUACCUGAAGAACAGUUGCUCAAGGGCCAGUACAUACGCAUUCUGUAAUGCUAAGCAUCCUCCAUCCUUCCGUGUAUUUGGCCCUUCUUUCAAACUUCUUUCAAGAGAAUAUGGCAAUUAUCAUCUUUACGGAUCAAAGCAGGUCCUAUCUACGGGUCACAGCAGUGCUAUUUCUUACCAUGCUCAAGUUGCAUGGAAGAGGCUGUCUCAGCUGUACCAUGGCGGGCUACCUGCCUUACAGCCAAUCAAUAGGAUAGCCUGUGCAGUAAGCGUUGCUUUGGCUCGAUCGAACCUAGUAGGCCCUGGAGUAAUUGCGUUCAUCGUUGGAGAGCUCAUCCGAGGGGAACGAACUUUUGCCGAGUCAGAAGGCCUUUCCUCGAGGAACGCGCUCUAUGGGAAUGCCCAAGAUGGGCGCAUUUACUUGACUUUGUUUGUGUUUUCGCUGGUGGAAGUUUUGAUUAUGUUUCUGAGAGCUAUCUAUCUAGCAAUCCUGUUCUGGCCCUGUAUAUCUAUGGCUCCGUUGGUGGAUACACUCGGUGCUCAGUUCAGAAAGAGAUGGCUUCGGCUGGUUCAUUCUACUCUGGAGAAAGCAGGACCUGCUUUUAUUAAAUGGGGUCAAUGGGUUGCCACAAGACCCGAUCUUUUCCCUAGAGAUUUAUGUGUCGAGUUAGCUGAACUUCAGUCGAAAGCUCCAGCGCAUAGUUUCUUCUACACAAAGAAAACGAUUGAAAGAGCAUUCGGUCGAAAUCUGACAGAUAUAUUCGAUGAAUUUGAAGAAGAGCCCAUAGCAUCAGGGAGUGUGGCUCAAGUUCAUAGAGCAAUUUUAAAAUAUAGAUAUCCUGGGGAGAAGAUAAAGCCCAUUGAGGUGGCUGUUAAGGUUCGGCACCCUGGCGUUGGAGACUCUAUCAGGAGGGACUUCAUCAUAAUGAAUUGCGUCGCGAAGUUAUCGAGGUUCAUCCCAAACCUAAAUUGGUUGAGACUGGAUGAGAGCCUACAACAAUUUGCAGUUUUCAUGAUGUCUCAGGUUGACCUCGCCAGGGAAGCUGCUCAUUUGAGUCGCUUCAUCUACAACUUUCGCAGCUGGAAAGAUGUAUCAUUUCCGAAGCCUCUCUAUCCCUUGGUGCAUCCUGCAGUAUUGGUGGAAACUUUCGAAGCAGGCAAGAGCGUUCUGUAUUAUGUUGACGAGCUUAAAGGGCAUGAAUGGAUUAAAAAUGACCUUGCUCACAUAGGAACCCAUGCUCUUCUCAAAAUGCUCCUGGUGGAUAAUUUUGUGCAUGCAGAUAUGCAUCCUGGGAACAUUCUCGUCCGAGUAGCCAAUAGCACAUCACCACAUAAUCAACCCUUUAGAUCGAGGCCACACGUCAUCUUCCUUGAUGUGGGAAUGACUGCUGAACUGUCAAAGAGGGAUAGACUGAUAUUACUGGAUUUUUUCAAGGCUGUUGCCCUUCGAGAUGGUCGGGCAGCUGCUGAGUGCACGCUGAAGCUCUCCAAAAAGCAAUGCUGCCCUGACCCAAGAGCAUUCAUUGAGGAUGUAGAUAGAGCUUUCAACUACUGGAACUCUGCUGAAGGUGAAAACAUUCAUCCGGCUGAAUGCAUACAGCAAUUACUCGAGCAGGUGAGGCGUCACAGGGUCAACAUUGACGGAAAUGUUACAACGGUGAUUGUAACUACACUGGUUCUGGAGGGGUGGCAACGGAAGCUAGACCCGGAAUAUGAUGUCAUGAAUGCUCUGCAGAGAAUGCUUUUUAAAGUCGACUGGGUGGAAUCCCUCUUUUACACCAUUGAAGGAGUCAUGGCUCCAUAGAUGUAUGAUGAUGACGAAAUAAUGAAGAGUCCAUGGAAACAGCCGAAUUCUUUUUUGCAUUUGUUGUCUUAGUACAAUCAAUAAAUCGACUCACUGGCUUCCUUAGUUUCGGGUUGAUUUUAUCCAUUCUUAGUUUUAGAAUUAUACCUCCUGGUACAGAAGGACUACAGUUUUGUAAGGUCUAUGAUUCAGUGCGAUCAUUUUUCUUGAUGAUUUUGCUCUGUUUCUUCAAAAUGAUGUAUACGACGAUGCUCAUGCAAUUCUGUUUAGUCUUA